UUCAUUUGACGUUUGUGAGACAGACGAAGACCACACAAAUCAAGAAAAGAAAAUUAUAAUUAUAAACAUUUGAAUUAGAUAAUGUCCCCAUAAAUAUGUUUCUUUAUUGUCACUAGAUCUUACUUAUUAAUAUGUGUACUAUAAUACAAAUCUAAAUUGUGUUUAAUAAAUAUUUUAUUUAUAAAAUUUAUUUAAAUUGCGCGGCGCCGCUAUAAAUUUAAUUAUGUCUCAACAAAGUGAAAAUUUAGACUUUUCUGGCUUAUUUAAAUUAGACGUUCUGGUCCAGCAUGAGAUUUUGAAUCACAGUUUUUACGAAGUGGGCUUAAAAAAGUUUUUAGCACUCGCAAGUGACAAAGAAUUGGUGUUUGUGUACAUAAAUUCGCAGUCUGAAAGAUUUGACAGUGUUUAUGAUUGGGAUUUCGUGGACAAUCCCGUAUAUUGCAUGUGUUUUGAGCCAAGCGGGACGUGGGUUCUAAUAGUUAGUGAUCAAAAAGUACUGCUUGUGCCAUUUUUGCCAAGAUUCAUACCACAGAACACAUUUGAUUGCAAGUGGUCUCUAUCAAGUGUUACAGUUUUGCCUCUUGUUGAUUUACCACAGCCCACAUCAGUAGUGUGGUGGCUUACAAAGGAGUCUGAAAACAUAAUCAUCAUUGCCUCCAAGUCUGGAACAAUAACAUUUUAUUCAUUGGAGACACAGAGUGUUGUCGGUGAGACAAAAGUUUUUGAUGAAAUAGUGGAUUUGCAGAUAUGCUUUGAUGAUUCCCUAGAUCUGCUGGCUCUUCUAAUAUCCAAAGGCCCUACUCAACAAUGGAAGUUAAUAUUAGAACAUAGAUCGUUUGGAUAUAAUUGGCUUCAACAGAUGAGAGCUCAAACUGAUAAAGAGAAGAAAGAUGGCUUCAUGUCUUACAUAAAACAGUUGUCUAAGGAUAAAAUCACAUUUUUCACUCAGAGUGGAUCUAAAGAUGAAAACAAAACCCAGACAGUGGAGUAUGUAUUAAAACCAACCGAUUAUUUGCCCAACUAUCGUAAAAACUCAAACAGUUGGGCACUGACUGCACAAUAUGUGAAUGGCAGACACUUUUUGACAGCUUUCGAACUAAAUGAAGGCAUUGUAAUUCUUGAAAGCCCAGCAGAUGUGACCCCUUCAAGAACACUACGCCCUCAAAUUAAGAAAGACGGGCAGUAUAUACAAUGUCUAUGGUCACAGAGAUUGGUCUAUUUGUUAAGGAAAAAUGAAUUGGAAAUACACAGCGUUCAGUUCUCACAGGCGCAGGGUGAAACAUUGCUUGGAACAAAAAGGGAUUUCUCAGAACUAUGGUGUGCUGAGUUGAUAGGGGACGUACAAAGGGCUUACCUAAUGUCGGCGAAGGAGUCGUCAACUGUUGCCGGCGGGUGGAAGGAGCCUACGUUUAUGUGUGACUUGCAGUUGCCGCGGUUCGCUAUCGAGCCGUGCCUUGUUGUUACGACCCGCGGCGCCUAUGUGCUCAAUACUGUGUGCGAGCCGUGCGAGUGGCUGGUGAGCCUGAUAAUGCGCGGCGGCGCGGGCGCGGAGCUGUCGGCGGCGGCGCUGGGGGCGCCCGUGCCGGUGCUGCUGCGUGCUGCCGCCGACAUGCUCAUGUCGCGCGGCAAGAUCGCCGCCGCGCAGUACCUCUACUCGCUCUCACAGAGUCAGCCGGACGGUUGGGUGGCACGGUUGGGAGUGUUUGGCCGUCUGCACGAGCUGUCGAUGUACAAACAAGUGGGCAACGUUGGAAGUCUUGGCAAUUCUGCCAUCACUACAAAGUUGCUGGCUUUACUGUUGAAGAUUGGAACUAAUAGCGAAGAAAAUUUCGACAUGGACAUAAAAUUGACAAUAUUGAAUCCCUUGGAAUUGCAAGAGUUGACUUCCAUAGCAGCUGCAAUAGGAUUGUGGGAGUUGGUACCAGUAUUCAGCAUUUAUAGAGGACAUCCCGGUUUACUGCUGAAUGCUAUAAGGUCCAGAGGCGAUAUAUGCAGAGGUGCUAUAGUGUGUCUACUGCGACAGAAGUGUCUAGUUCCUAUAUUGCUGGAAGAAAAUGGACAGUGGUUCUUUGACUUCAUCACUGAGAAAUGCAAUAAGUUCGAUACAAUUAUAUUAAAGAGGCUAUGUUUAUGGUUGAAUCCUUUGCAAGAUCAGCUGCGGCCGGUAAUGCGUGACUUGAAGCAAGGCAUCACUUCAAUUUAUGCAACAAGGAUGCUUCAACUAAUAUCAACUUUUAUGCAAGUUGCCUGCGUCAUAGAGAGUAGACGACCAUGCGUAGACAUACACACGGAUAUAAACCAAGAACCGGAGACGUGGAAGAACCAGUUCACUCCACGAAGGUCCGUGUCUUGUGGCCUGGGCCAUUGGGCGGUGGCUGACGAUGGGAAUGCCAAAGUGAUGGUGGCCAAUACUGCGGUCAACACAGAGUUGAUUGGCAUGGUGGUUGAUGUGGCGUGCGGGAGACACCAUACGCUUCUGUUGACUGAGAACGGGAUAUACGCUGCCGGAGACAAUACGUUCGGGCAGCUAGGCGUAGGUAGCAGAUGGCCUGGCGCUAUAGGGGACAGUGCGAGUCCUUCGGGGGCCUUGUUGCAUGUGGAGUUUGCGUGGACUGCUCCUCUGGCGGUGGUGGCGGCGGGACACUACCACUCCGCUGCAGUGGACGUCGGCGGCAGGCUCUACACUUGGGGUUGGGGUGUGCACGGACAGUUGUGUUUGGGCAAUAUAGAUGACCAGUUGACUCCGCAACUAGUUACUAAGUUUCAAGGACGGAAAGUAUUGAACGUGGGUUGUGGAGCCUGCCAUACAGUGGUGCUCAUGAAGAACGGCGAAGUGUGGGCGAGCGGCGCGGGCGUGUUCGGUCAGCUGGGCGGCGGCGGCCGGGACAAGAGCUCCGUGCCGCUGCGCGUUUCUCUCACUGACCCCAUCGAGAUGAUCGCUGUGGGCUACUUCCAUAAUUUGGCGUUGACAGCCAAAGGUCAGCUGUGGUGCUGGGGCGCCAGUCCGCAGCAAGUGCGCGCGACGCACGCGCGGCGCUCCGCCAGCCCGCCCGCCGCGCCGCCCGCGUGCGUGCCCGACCCGCACCUCACGCCGCACCCCGUCGACACCGCCAAUGUUAAGGGGAAGAUUGUACAGCUGUCAGCUGGUUGGCACCAUUCGUGCAUAGUGAACAAUGUCGGCACAAUAUACUCGUGGGGUCUCAACUUUGAUGGUCAACUCGGUAGCGGAGAUCGCAAGCAAGUGCAGAUACCGUCGGAGGUGAAGCUCCGCACAGACACGCAGCCGGACGGAGUGAAGCACAACAAGACCCCCGACAAGGACGCGCCGGACGCCAGGAGCAAGGCGCUGGUCGCGUGCGGCGGCGACUUCACUAUAUACAUAGAUGACGACGGCCGGGUGUACGCCACUGGGAAUAUGCAUUUGCAAGGCACCAACGAAAAGGAGAAACCGAAUAACCGUGUCAUAAUGAUGAAGACGACAAAACGGGUGAUAAAAAUACCAGCGAGCAAGACCAACAACAAGUUCUUGUUCCAAGCGGUCGAUUGGAUCGACAUCAUGUUCCCCUUCGACGUUGACGACAUUGAAAGAAAACCCAUAGAACCCAGACUGAACCCAUUGACAUCCCUCGCAGAUUUCAAGAAAAAAUCCUGGGCGGACGAUGUUAUCCUACUUCUAAAACCCUGGAUCAACGAAGAGAAUCUAUCAUCUAAUCCAAAUAUGGCAGCAAAGUUGGCGUAUCACAGAAACAUGUUUGCCGACUGUUUGAGAUUUAUGCUCGAAAACUUGAAACGUGGAAUCCAAGAAGACCAAUUCUAUGUGACACAUCACGAUAAUUUGGAUGACGCUAACGUUUCUAGGAAGAAAGAUGAACUCAAAAUAAUAAUUACAAACGCAAUGUCGAAACGCAUAAAAGACAUAUCUAUGACCAUUCUGAACGAGGAAGCUUAUCCUCUGAUCGAUUCGAACGUAUACCAAAGUUUGCCGUGUUGUUGCGACGAAUUAAAAUAUACUACCAAACAAAUCAUCCCCAAAUCUAUAAAAAAUGAAGAUAUCAAUUUGUCUGUCAAAGCGGCACAGAUUAUAGACAAGUGCAUCAGUAUUUUCCCAGUCGACAGUUCUCUUUGGGAAUCGUGUUUCCGUUUCGCGAAAGACUUCUAUUUAGAGAACAAUUUGGUGGUUGAGGAUCUGGAAGCUGUUUUGCGCAAAUACAUGGAGACUAACGCCAAUACAAUGGCAGCGGCGAUUAUGUAUUCAAACGACUGCGCUCAGUACAGCGAGAUUUUGUCCCCUAAAUUCUACUUGAAUAUGUGUAGUGAAAUUUUGGAUACUUGGGGUUGAAAGUUUUACGAAACGCCAUAUUGGAUCCUAUUCUCUUAACAUUUUCCCAAAUUAUAUACUUAUUAUUUGGGAUAGAGUCAGACUAUUCAAAGGAUUCUACUUGAAUAUGUGUAGUGAAAUUUUAGAUACUUGGGGUUGAAAAUCUUACGAAACGCAAUGUUGGAUCCUAUUCUCUUAACAUUUUCCCACAUUACAUAUUUAUUAUUUGGGAAACAGUCAGACUAUUCAGAGACUUGAAAAUGUGUAGUGAAAUUUUAGAUACUUGGGGUUGAAAGUUUUACGAAACGCCAUAUUGGAUCCUAUUAUCUUACUUACAUACUCUUCCCAAAUACCUUAUUUACUAUUUGGGAAAGAGUCGGAAUAUUAAGAGGAUUCUACUUGAAUAUGUGUAGUGAAUUUUUCGAUACUUGGGGUUGAAAGUUUUACGAAACGCCAUUUUGGAUCUUAUUCUCUUGACAUUUUCCCAAAUACAUUAUUUACUAUUUGGGAAAGAGUCGGAAUAUUCAGAGGAUUCUACUUGAAUAUGUGUAGUGAAUUUUUAGAUACUUGGUGUUGAAUGACUUACGAAACGCCAUAUUGGAUCCUAUUGUCUUAACAUUUUCCCAAAUUACAUAUUUACUAUUUGGGAAAGAGCCAGACUAUUCAGAGGAUUCUACUUGAAUAUGUGUAGUGAAAUUUUAGAUACUUGGGGUUGAAAGUUUUACGAAAUGCCAUAUUGGAUCCUAUUCUCUUAACAUUUUCCCAAAUUACAUAUUUAUUAUUUGGGAAAGAGCUAGACUAUUCAGAGGAUGAAAUCGCAAAUACAAUACAAAAAACAGGGACCUAUAUUUAACUUUCUCUUAAUACCGGUCUCUGACAGUGUCUCCGUAUAAACUUUAAGGCUGUUUUGUUAACCAUUGUAAUACUUUUCAACAGUCUAUGUAUUGACAUGGUGGAUGAGAAAAAUAACCAUUUUAGAUCGAUUAAAUUGUAAAAUUGUUACAAAAUACUAAUUUUAAUCGUCGUACGUGUCUCGGAAGCGUUGACUUGAGGUAAGUGUGUUUAGAAGAUGGAGGCGAAUCAUAUCGAACAAAAGUUGUGAUUUCGAAAAACAUUGCUCUCUAAUUAUAAAAAUAUAACUUAAUACAGCCAUAAUAUUAUAACAUGGGUAUACUAAUUAUACUAAUAUUAUUAUAAAUGCGAAAGUAAGUCUGUCUCUCUGAUACCUUUCAAGGCUAAACCACUGAACCGAAUUGGAUGAAAUUUAGUAUAGACUUUGGAGCAGAAAUAAUCUACUAUUUAUACCUGAAAUAUCCAUUUUAUUAUAUAUUUAGUCGAUUUCUGACCGUUAUAAAAGUAAAAUCGCGAAAUAAAACAUUAUUAUUGUAUUAAUAAAGUGUAAUUUUUCAACUUUAAAUGUGUAAGCAAUAUCUAAUAGCAAGUAUGUUCUGGUAUAUCACAAAAUAAUUAUAAAAUAACCACUAUAUAUUUAUUAAAAGCUUAGAUAUACCUAAUUUUUAUAUUUCCGUAAAAGUUAACCUACUGUUUUUUUGUGUUACGUUUUUGUUCCUGAUAGUUCGGAAUUUCUACUAUUAUGUUUGAGUAAGGUUUGUUGAGUUUUUGUUAAACUGCUGCCUAUUUAGUAAACCCCGCAUAUGUAUGCUACUGCAUAUGGAGUAAGUAUGUAGGUACCCUUAGAUGGGUUGUAGCGAAGAUGUUUGUAUUGUAAAUUAUAAAGGUACUUAAUGUGUUUAUUUUUUUUCAAAAUACCAUGAAGUGGUUAUUUUUAAAAAUGGCUGUAUUGUCUAAACCAGAAUGAAAUCUAAGGAAUUAUAUUUAUCUAGACACUCGUCCAUCCAAGUGUGCUCAACAGAUUAGAUCUAUGAGCUUUUUUGCCUCGCUUCUUUUGUAAACUGUGCCAAAAACUAAAACAGUUUUAAUUAAUAGAUUAAUUUCUAAAUCAAUCAUUGUCAAUCAAUCACGCGUGGCAAUGAUUUAGAUAUCUCUAAACAACUCUGGUGAUUUCAUCGUAUGAAAUUGAGUUUUAUAAUACAUAUUGAAUUAUGAAGCGGUGUCCAGCUAAAUAUAAGUUCGUGUUAGCAUCUGUAUUCGGUGCCUAAUAUUGAUCAGUGGUAAACUCAGACCAUUUAUUUUUAUAGGACCUGCCUCGCUAGACGUUACUCUGUCAAAGUAUAUGAUCAACGAUCUAAUGCGAUUAUAAAAUCUGUCUCUAUAGUAUCGAUGUAUGACAGUUUUAAUAGUGUUCGUCGGUUAAAGAUCUCCGUAAAAAUACCUUUUUGUGUAGUUGAAUGUUGUAAAUAAUGAGCAAAAAUUUCUAGUUUACUUUAAGAUAUAUACCAAAACAAAGCUCGUUUUCCUCAGAAAUUAAAAGACAAUUUUGGUCGUGAAUUUGGGCGCGAUGUCUGGUCCUUCUAUAAUUGGUCUGAGGUAGUAAAAGGCAUCUUAGUGAAAAAACACUUUAGUUCCAUACAGUGUAAUCUAAUCCAAAUAUAGUUUGUUUUAAGUAUAUAUAUUUUUUGGCCAUUUACUAAUUUAAUUUAAAUGUAGAAUAAUUAUAUAGGUAUGUAUUAUAUCAUUAUAAACAAUUUAAUACGUUUUGUUAGAGGAUUUAUUUAACGUUUUAUGUGCUGUUAACUUUCCUAAUGUUUUAUUUGUCUGUCAGUUUUUUGUUACUUUUUAAAGUAUUUUAGCCAUGCCUUAUUGCCGUCCGGAGAUAUAGUUGUGUAUAUUUUUUAAUUGUUUUGAAAGAUUUAUGAAUGUAUGUAAAUACUUAACUUUUUUGUUAUUUUAUCAUUGACAAUUUACUCCGUCUAUUAAAUGCUUGCUAUUAUUAAAAUUAACUAUGUAUUGUGUAAUUUAUUAUAUGUGUAAUACAUCUAUAUGUAAUUUAUUUUAGCUAGCACCUCUACACACACAAGUGAAAGAGGUGACGUCGCAAUGGAGUCCGACCGAAACCGAAACCGAAUAUUCGGCCGUGGCAUCAGUUUCGGCCGAAACCGAUGCUUCAUAUUAGCACUUUUGUUUGUUGAAUUAAUUAUAAUAAUCUAACAGCGAUAGUGACGUGUAUACAAGGUUUUCAACGAAUUUAUUUUUGUUUGUGAUGUUUUUUUUAACUACAUAUUUACAAAUUGGUUAGUCGUUUACUAGUAUCUAAAUAUUUUAUUGAUGGAAAACCAUUACUGGAAAUGUAGGGCCGGCAUUCAGAAAGAAAGAAUUUUAAGUUCAUUUAAAUUAAAUUAAAUUUUAAUUUCUUUGGAUUUUUUAUGAAUUUAAUAUUUUAUUUUAAAUUAAUAAACUUCAUAGUAUUCAACAGCAUCUCACGUGAUGUUUUGGAAUGCCAUCUGAUGUGCCGCCUUUCGCCGGCCCACAUACAGCUUAAUGAAACAUAAGCUUAUAAUAAUACAUAAUAUAUCAAAAUUAUAAUACUAAUAAUAACUGUUGUAAGAAAAAAUAUCAAUCGUGUAAUUACUAAACAAAAUUGUGCUCAUGGAUACAAAUCAAUGUUUUAAAUGUGAUAAAGGAAAAUAAAUAAUAGCAUUGUAUAAAA